CGCAAAACUCUGAAGUUUCUUCGUCUGCAUUUGCAUUUCACCUCAUGGAUGUAGAAGCAAGAGAUGCGCUUGGACGAUUGAUAAAAGACAUUACCGAAACCGGUGAAUGGACACUUGAUGCGCAAAAACUAAAGGUGAUCAAGAGCUAUUGUAAACGAUCCAACGAGAACAUUGAUUCAGCCUAUGGGUUUAUUAUGGCCCAGCUGAAGAAAGAACAUGCACAGAUACGAUAUUCUACGGUGCAGCUUUGUGAAGAACUUUUCCAACGAUCACAUCACUUUCGUUCCUUACUUACAGAUGAUCUUCCUCUGUUCAUUGAAUUGACCGUUGGUAUUCAUCAAAAAGCCCUACCACCACCAGCUCAGGUGGCCAUCAAGUUGAAGAAAUAUGCUGUGGCAUUGAUCAAAAAUUGGCUGGAGAAGUUUGGUGAUUUAUACCGUCCUCUAAGUAUCGGUUAUGAUUACCUGGAUCAUAAUGGCGUGCUGGAUCAGAGUAUGGAGUCAUUGGCCACUAUUCAUGUGCAUGAUCGUGAUAAAGCGAAUCGACAGGCUCGAGUAAAGGCGAUUCAAGAACGGCGUUAUGAGCAUAUUAAAAUUGAAAUGGAGGAGCAGCUGGAAUUAAUUCAGGAAAACCUAAAGAGCAUGGAAUCAUGCUUUGAAAUACUUGUGCCCAAAAAUGCAGACGACACCUCGAUCGAUUUUGAUGCCUUAAUGAAAGGUGAUAUGGCCGCUUCGAACCGAUCUACCGAUGACGCAUACAAACAAAGUAUCUUAUCGCAUGGUCUCGCUUCCAAUCGCUACAAGAUCACCAUUGAUUUGUCAGAGAACUUGCUGGAAGAUCAAGUUCAAGAGUCAGAAGAAAAUGAAAUCAUUUAUGAACAGUUGCGUGAAGCUUACACAUUGAUGGAAACUAAACAUAUCAAGCAAGUGACGCAAUGGAUGAAUACCUUGGUGAAAUUGGAAUACACGGAUUCACGUGAAAAAGAAAAGCUGAUCAAGCAACUGAUCGAUGUCAAAGCAGCUAUGACGGAAGCUGGACGAAAAGCGAAACUGCUCGGCAUCCAAGUGAUGGAAAGACGAAAAUCCAAAGAUGACCGGGGCACGGCUGCCGAGGAAGACGAGGACGAAUUUUUGAAUGAGCUUUUUGAAGAAGUGGAUAUACCUACUGAAACUUCUGAAAAAGCUGAAUCAUCUAGUGGGAAACUAGGGAGAACAAUAUCGAGCACGAAACUUCCCCCUGGUCAACGUAUCUUUCCAUUGGCUUAUGAACCUGCCAUGAGCGAGGAUGUCACUUACUCCGGUGCUCGCGUGCGCUCCGAAAGUCCAUCAGACAAAGCCAGCUCAGAUGCAUCCCAUGAUACGAAUGGGAAAGGCAAGCAGCCAGAAGAUCCUCUCAGAGAAGAGCUUCUUAAGCGUGCACCUGUGGUUGAGUGGGGUGACGAUUUGUAUUAUUGGGAUAAGACCUCGGUGCAAUUCAAUACGAGUGGCAUUGAACGAAGUCAUCGAUUUAUGGGCGUCGGUGAAGGAACGAAUGAAAUGCCACAGCAUCUACUGGAAGAACUCCGGAAGCGUCCCCUUUACUACAAGAGUGACGUGAAGCAAAAUUUAAAAGCUUGUCGUGCACCACUGCAUAAUGGAAGUUUAUGUCCACGACGGGACUUGGUGACCUGUCCUUUUCACGGGAAAAUUAUUCCUCGCGAUGAAUUAGGCCGACCUGUGCGUCCUGAGGAUCAGGUAUCCACGCCUGUUGAGGACGAUCCGCGUGCACCUGAAUCACCGUCUUUAUGGCAGCAGCUUGAAGGUGAUGUCAUGCAGCAAGCGGGUCAAGAACGUAUCGAUUCAAAUGCCAAGCGAAGAAAGAAACAAACCAAAAAAUCGGCUCUGAUUGAUGUACGCAAAAAGCCCGAGUCCAGUUAUACCCGACUUCAAAAGAGGCUGGAUGAUCCGAAAUUGCGUCGUCUGGUGGAAGAAGCAGCCGAAUAUGAACAAAGUUUGAAGGCUCGUAACAAACAAGCCAACGCCUGGGGUUCCUGAGUUCACCAUGUUGCUCAUAUCAUGUAAUAUAUUGUAUAAACUCCCUGUAUUUAUUCAUUAAAACCUAGUAAGAAUUCAACAAGC